UAUAUGAACUUGUAACUAAACACUUCAAACUUCAAACAUGGCGUCGAUCUGUUGGUACUUCUUAGACUUCGUCAAGGAUUGCGAUCUUUGCUUCGUGUGACACUAACUCUGAUACGUUGCAUAGUUGUGAAACGGAGGUGCUGUUCUCAUAUGAGACCAGGGAAAGGACCCUCAAACACUUACCAAAGACAGGAAGCUGAAAAAAUGUCUAAAGCACAAAGGUAUCGCACUGACAUGGACAUUCAGGAGCCAGAAGUUUCUGUGCAGCUUGAAAAGAAAAGAGAGACAACACGUACCAUCACACCCUCUGAACGUUCUGUUGAGAAGGGAGGAUAUCGUGAAGGGGCAAGUCAUUCAAAUAAUGUCAGGUACCUUGAUGGUGGAAGUAUGCCCCAUGAUAGCAGGUCAGCUAAUUGGUUCGAUGAUAGCACUUGGAGUAAAGAUCAACUGUACACUAGUUUUGAUCAAUUUUGGCCAGAAAAAAAAAAAGUGAAUUAUCCUAGAAACGAGCAGAGGGGCAAGACCCAGAAAGGUUCUGGCUGGGUUGACAAGAAUGGGAGUUACUUUGGUAAGAAACAGGAACACAAUGAUCAUUUGCAAUCAGAGAAAGGGGUGGAACAGACACAAGGCUUCAACUAUGAACAUCACAGACAAACAAGAGAUCUAGAGCAAUCCAAACCAAGAUGGAAUAACAAUGGCAAUAAAUUAGGAAAGUCAAAGCAGUGCUCUAAGAAGGAUUUGGUAUAUUCUGACUCGGAUGCACACAACAGAAAAAGUAAAUGGAAGACAUUAACAAACCAGUAUAAACAAUUUCGCUUUAACUUCUUAGACCAAGGGACGGAAGAAACUUCUCAGGUUGAUCAAAACCAAUGUAAUAAGUCUCACAGCAGUGAAAAUGGCAAGGAUAGUCCGAGUAACUCUAACUUAUCAGGGCGAAAACGGUCAUCAUCAGUUAGUGACGUGAGGCUUUCCAAGACUCUGCGAGCUGAGAAAUCUGAGAGCAUGAUUACCCAUAAACCUUUCAGUGUGGCCGGCCUCAGCCAGACAAGUGGUGAAAGACCAGAAAAAAGUAAAUGGUCCACAGCAAGAAGAAACAGCACAUGCGAAUCUGACAGUAAUAACCCUAGCAAGGAGUCUUUAGCAGCUACUUUGCCAGAAGGUUUAGUUUCACGUACCAUCCUUGGUGGAACAACCAAAAUAUCAGUUUCUUCAGACAAAGACAGGCAAGAAAAGGCAAAUAAAAACUCACUUGAUUUAACAUUUGAGGUGAGGGCUACUUCAGGGAUAACAAGCGUUCCAUCUAGCUCAGCAGAGGGAGUUUUAGAAAAAGCAGAGAGAGUGUGCAAGGUGCUGAAAGAAAAACGACAUCAAUCAAAACUUCAGGCAUCAGAUAUGAAACAGCACAAAGUAAAGACUAAUACAACCCUUGAUAACUCUGUUCAGAAAUUACACAGGACACAACAUGAGGAUCAGCAUUUAGGAAGAAGUCUUGCUUCCUCUUCACAAUCAGUUUCAUCUUUUGGGUCAAAGAAAAGCUUUGCUUCAUCAACAUUUAACAAUUCAAAUGCCCUUUUAGAUUUUUCUGCAAAGGAAAAGCUUCAGGAAUCAAGGGAUGAAAGCAUUGGUUUAAGAGGGAAUGAAGAUUCAUUUACUAAUCACAUCACACGUAUCAGGAAGACUGUAGAAGCCAGUGUUUUAGCAGAAAGUAAAUUGACUCGAUUUAAUGUUGACAAUGAGCAGCAAAUUCAGCCAGUUCCAGUGUCCACCACAACUUCCUGCUAUACAUUUUCUUCUUCACAGCCAACAUCAUCCACACCUAUAUCCUCUGUAUCCUGUAAACAACAGCAAGUAACAUCCAUUUAUUCCAGCCCUUUGUGUUCAGAAGCACAGAGGAUGACACUGUCUAGCCGCAUGUCCACAUCUCCACAGCUAACACCAUCCAGCCCCUUGUUUCCACAACCACAGCAAACACAACCUAGUCACUCAUCAUCUCCAAGGCCACAGCCAACUGUGUCAACCCCCACCACCACCUGCUCUACAUCCACAGCAUCCAACAAGACACUUGUGCACCAUGGAACAUUUACCAGGGAGGCUUUGGCCAGAAUGGUGAAUGCUCCUUCCACCCGUGCACAGAGAGUGCAAUUAGCCCGUAUUUUGCGUCAACAUGCAAGUAGUGUGCCGAAGCCUCGCUCUGUUCGUCUCGGCAUACAGCUCGAAGGUCUCUACAAUUCCUCUGAUGAGUGUGCCAGCACCAGCAAUCUUUUAGAUGACCUGCCCAGGCUGGAACAGUUGGGCUUGGGAUCCAUCAAGAUAGAGGAUCUCUCUGAUGAUGACAAGCUACUGCUCGCUGAUAUAAUUGAACUUCAAGUGACAGAUGAAGGUGGUGUCAGAGAUAAAGACGGUUUUGUGAUGCCGUCUCCUGUCACAGCAGAAAGAUUGAUUCAAAGUGAGUCAGAAGCUUGUACCAAAGACUCAACUGCUUCUGCAGACAAGUCUAAGCUGCAAUCAUCAUUUACCAGCAGACCUCUUUCACUAAAUGAUUUGCAAGUAGACAGCUCCUCCAGCACUGCUGCAGGUAGACUGUCCAGCCAAGAGAGACUAGAACUCUACCUCCCGGUGCCAUCCAAAAAUAUGAAUAUAGAUAGAGACACUGUGUCUGUCUCUGAGUGCAGUUUGGGUCCAGCAAAAACACCAGUAGGUGUUGAAAAAGUAACAGUUAAUGCAGCCACAUUUUCAGAGGGCAGUGCCAAGUUACCAGUAGUAAAUAAUAAAGGUGAUCAUCAACUGCCUGAUCUCUCUUCAGGGAAAGCUGUUCUUAUGGACUUUUCUAACAGUGAUGCAGAAAACAAUUGCCUUGUGAUCUGCCAGGACCCUCUGGUACAUGGAAAUGAUGCAUCAAGGCAAGAAACAAUCUUAAUGGAGGUGAUGCUGGCAAACCAGAAACAAGACAACAUCAUGGCAGAAAUGCGCAACAUUGACAUGCAACUUUCAGAGCAGUAUAAAUCCCUGAUUGAAAUUGUGGCACAAAUGAGCGUCCUUCAGCGAAGAAGAGUCCAGUUACAAGCUGAAGGAGAGGCUCUCAGCAAACAACGCAAUGCCCUGUUGACAGGUAUUCUUCCCGAUGCAAACACAAGACAUCCUUUGCAUGAAAGCCUUCUGCCUUACCAUAAUACAGCCAACAGAGGUCUAAGGAGACAAGAAGAUUUUGACAGCAUGGCAGGGUCAGAAGAUGAUGCUCUAGCAUUGCAGAUUGCUGCUUCCAGGAGUGUGGCUGCAUCAGACAAUGCACUGAAUGUGCAGGAUUCAGAAUCUUUGUUGCAUUUCUUAACCAGCAAUCACGCUCAGGUAACUUCUGAAACAAAACAACAGCAUGCUUGCUUCAGUGGUAGUAGUACAUUUAAUGCUGGUAGCAGAGAUCCGAGUGGGAAAGACGAAGGACUUGGAAAAGAUUAUCCAUCAUCAGAAAUCAACGAAACUGUAAAGGGUCUGCAGAGAAAAGAGUCUGGUCUGACAUUAAUAGGCUGGGAAAGCUCCACUAUGCGAAAAGGAAGCAAAGGUGAAGACGAGGCUGAGGGCUUAUGUGAAGAAAGUUCCCCUCGUGUUUGCACGAAAAGGUCAAUCAAAGUAGGCAUGUCUGCCUCUACAAGUCUUACACAUCAAGAUGUCAGAUGGGCAGGACAGGAUGAACGCAGGCUUUUAGCAAACAGAAAUGUUGUGCUGGAAACAAACAAAAUGCAUGAAGACCGAGACAAUUGCAAGCAGUUUAAUGCACACUCCCAUUCAAAUUGGUGGAAUGCAGAUUAUCUCCCUUUGCAACAAACUGUAACUGUGUCUCAGAAUAAGGUUAGACCGUUUGCAGAAGUGCCCAAAUCCCCUAGUGUAAAUCUUACCUACAUUGGCAGCACUCCAGGCAUGUCAACAAACCUUGUGCAGAACAUAGUUCGCAGCCUCCCCCUAACAAGUCAGCUUGGGGAAGUCUGCUCCCCAACAUCAAUGAACAUGCUUGUCCUUAAGUCUGCCAAUUCUAUGCAAGAAAGUAGUUCAAGUGAUUCUGAAACUGAUACAAGUGAGACAUCAGAUGCUGAGCCCAUUGGUGACCCUCCCUUGCAAACAAAGCCUUCAUCUCAGCCUAGCUGCCCUAACUUCGCAAGCAACUUGAUCUCAGAAGAGUACAUCCUAACGUCAGGUGUCCAGUCUUCUGCUUUGGAUUCAACUCACACAGACCACUCUAGAGGUUCUGAUCCAGUGAAUGAACUGAAGUCUGACUACAGCAGCACUGAUCAUUUUUCUCAUAGGAAGCAAAUCAAAACCAUGUCAGAAAAGAAUGGUAUGAGUGACUCCCAGUUAAUGGUCACAAAAAAAGAAAGUCACCUAGAAAGAAAAGAAGAAAAGGCACACCUCCGCAAACCAAUGCAUGCGGUGAAGAAAUGCUCAGUGGUUCUUAAAAAACUUAGUGCUGAUGAUCUGGUGAAACAGCUACAUGAGCCCUACAUGACCAAGGUCAAGAUAAGAAAGUCCAGGCGAGAUCGUGACUGUGAUAUAAAGCAUCGCCGCCCUUGUGUAAUAUAUUCAAGUUCUGAAGAAGAGCUGUCCUCGACUGAAUGCCCACCAGCAGGAGAAGCUACCAGCACAGAGCAUACCUUAUUUUCUGAAGAAUGGCAAUCUCCAUCUGGCGCAGAAAUCAACAGUGAAGAGAAUCCAGACUCUGUACAUUUAGCGAGUGCCACAGAAAACAUACCAAUGCCAGAGAACCUCACUAAAGACACCAGUAAACCAGAUGGGAUGACUUCUCUGCUGUUUCCUAUGCUUAAUCCAAACCUACUUCGAUUUAAGCCCAAUAGUCUGGAGACAUUUCGGGCUAAUAUAAAACGAUCGCUAAGAUCAUCAUCUGGAUCUGACAAGGGAGCUGAGGUUUCUGAAGAAAAUGCCCAAAAUUCCAUGGCAUUGCAAAAUGACUCUGAAGUUCUAAAGAUUACUGGUCCCAGCAUUGCUGUGGUGGGACUUAAAGUCUGCAGUCAGCAUGUGUACAUCUGUUUCCAGGAUUAUGGUGUACGAAGCUACUCUCUGGAUGGACAACAAGAGGCAGAGUUUGAAGUACCAUCAGCUCAGUGCUGUGAUGUAGCUUCAGUUGGCAAUAGAUCACAGCACUAUCUAGCUGUAGGUGCUGAAGAAAAGCUGGUCAUCAUCUCCACUAAAGAGCAAAAAGAAGUCUACAGCAGAAAGGCUGAGGCACGCAUCAGAUGCAUGCUUGUCAAGGAUUUGACUCUUUAUGUUGGUCUUAACAGUGGCAGCGUGCUUUUUGUCAACCUUAAGAUCCUGAAGGAGACACGUGAAGUACAAGCCAGUUACAGCCCUGUUCACUGUCUGGCCUGGGCACAAGAGGGAAAUGUGCAUUUGCUAUGUGCUGCAGCUCAGGAUGCCUUCAUCCAUAUCCUUGAUGUUGCUAGUGGUCUACCACUUCGUAUCCUCAAAGGACACACCAAGACAGCUUUCUCCAUCAUUGUGUCUGGUGAAUUGUUGAUCAGCGGUUCUGGGGAUCAGACAGUCAUGGCACAUAAUGUCCAUAAUGGUGAGCUGCUGUGGCUGCUAGAUGAUUACAAAGGUAUGGUGACCAGUGUCUGCGUGGAAAAUGGACUUCUUUUCUGUGCUGGAUAUAACAAAGUCAUUCACUGCUAUGAUCUUAAGACUCGGAAGCUCCUGCAUCAAAUGUAUGGUGCUGGGAAAAGUACUGUCACAAAAAUGAUUGUGCACAACUCAGUGCUGUAUACUGGUAACAGAGAUGGCCAAGUAGAGGCUGUGUGUUUACAAAACAUGGGCAGUUUUCCUUGUGGAUGUGUGUCUUGUACUGUGGUAUUUAGCCUGCGGGAACAUCUGUGGCACCAUCUGGUAGCUGACCAUUUGUUGCCUAAUUCACGUACAACACUUUGCCCUUGGAAAAAUUGUUCUGUCAUCUUCAAUACAAAAUCUGCUCUGCAGAAGGCUGCUGACCAUAUGUGGAACCACAUUAAAGCAGAUGAGCAUUUAGUAGACUUAAAGGCCAUGGUCGGCCUAAGGGAGGGAUGUAAGGAGCACACACAGGACUGUAGACCCUAGUGGUCAUUCUUUGCUGAUUGCAUCCAUCUGGCCUAGCAAGUACCCUGUCCUCCUUCAGCCAAAUCAAAUUCAUUCUUUACUGCCGCAGUGUGAAAGUUUGAACAUUAAGCUUAAGUCCUAGCAAGCAUGUCAUUUGAUAAACAUGUAAAGACCACUUUAAAUAAUCUACAGUUGCAGCAGGUUUCACUGUGAUAUCUGUUAGGUAGCUCUCAGGUUCCCACUUUUAUGGAAUGUUGUGGUUAUUUUCUGAUUUCAACCUAACGUGCUAUUAAUUUUGGUCUAAUGAGGUUAAAUUGCAAAAAAUCAUGUUUUAAGCCUCAUUUUGUGUUUGUUACUGACUGUACAAUCUGCUUUUAUUUUUAAAAAAUCAGUGAUCAAUUUAAUACAACUUUAUUGAUUGCCAUGGGCAAUUCAAGAUAGUGCUCAUACUAGCAAUAAUAUAUAUACAUAUAUAUGAUAUAAAGAGAUAAUAUACAUGUACAAUUAGAAAUAGUGUCUCUCUCACACAUACAUUCCUAACAACAGUAGAUACAGUUGAUGACCUCAGGCUAUUACAAGAUCACGGCCAGUAGAGUUAUCAAGUGAAUGGCACGUGGAAUGAUUGAGUUGCAAUGACAAUUGGUUUUGCCUACCUACACCCAGACCGUAAGAGUCAAAACUCAUAUACCAAAACAUGAUCAGAAAUAGAGAGGAUGUGUGAUGCCUUCCUGAGGAUUUGCUAAUGACAAAAUCCCUCUGCCUGGUUCUGGUGAUCUUAGAACAGAUAUUAACAAGGACAACAGGACUGUUCGAGUUCCCUAGGGAAAGGCUUUGGAAUCAAGAGAUGAAAUAAAAAGUGAUGAGACUUUCAAUGAAGGACUGAUAGAACCGAGUGAGGAUGACAGACGUGACAGAAAAAGAUCUUAGGAGUUUCCAUACAGACGUUGUUGGCUCUUACGGAGGAUCAUGUGAGUGUUGAUGUCCCUGGAUAUUUGUAAGAGUCGACUACCUCAAUGGCAUCGUCAUGGAUAAUACUGAUGACUGCCUCAGGCCUGUUCGUCCGGAAGUCGAAAAUCACAAGACAAGAAAAUGUUUGUCACACCAGCGAACAAAGUCAGGAAGAGCGUCACUGCGAUCAUGUUCACUAUCAUACAAAAGAGACAGCUAAACAGUGUCAUCAACAAAUUUUACAAGAAAGCCCCUAUCCGUAGUGUUUUAAUAACAGUAUGAAGAGUAGUGGAGACAAGCAGCAACAAGUGAGGUCCCACAGUGUUAAAAGCAGAAGAAAAAUCAGCGAAGAGAAGCCUGGCAUGAGCUUUGGGUUUCUCCGGAUGUUUGUACAGAGUAUUAAGUAUAAACAGCUUAGCAUCAUCAAUACCUCUUUCAGCUCUAUAGGCACGUGGCAUCUGUUUACAGGGCUGACUGCUUGCCGUAAUAUAGCCUUAGUUGCUGACACGGCGUAAAACACCAAUUCCCCCCCCCUCCAGCUCUAUAGGCAAACUGCAGCGGGUCAAGAUGUGAAUCAACAGCAGUCAUAACCUCACUCCUUAUAAUUUUCUCAAGUGAUUUCAUGAUGAUUGAUGUAAGACCUACUGGUCUGAAGUCGUUGGGUUGACUGGGCCUAGUGAUUUUAGGGACAGGGAAAGCUGCCCUGAGGUCGCCACUACUGAACUCAACUUUAUCUUUAUAUCUUUUCUUUGCUUCCCUAAUGGCAUCAGGCCAAGAUUUGAAUAUAAUAAAGGAAUACUCAUUCAUACAAAUUAAUGCAUUCACAAUGGCUUCAAACAGCAAUAUAAGGUCAUAAAUCCAUGAGACAGGCACGAAACCAAAGCACACUCUAGAAAUUAUUGUGUUGGAAUAUGUCUUGAAACAAUAUCGACGGCAUAUUGAUCAUUCCCAUUUAGAGGGUGUAAUUAGAACCUAUGUCUUCAUCUGAAUCUUACCGCGACCUUUUUGGUGGGGUUAAUUGUUGCAGAGUAAAUAGCCAGCACACCUAUUUGAAAAAAAGAAACAAAUUAAAACAUAAUAACUUUCACUCAUCCUUCAGAACAAUAGUUUCUGUCCUGUUUGAUCAUAAGAUGUUCCAUACUUGCUUUACGUCAGUCAGCCUGCUCUGCUAAGCCCGCCUAGACCAUUCUAGCAAAGAUACCUUUGAUUCUAGCAGGUGUGUGAGCGAGUGUGACUGAAGCAAGGCGUGAUACCUGGAAUGUUUGUGUUGUAGAGAGCAUGUGUGACUAGGAGAUGCAGGACAUUUCCAGAUACCUUUGUAGACUGUGUUUCGCCGAUUGGCCAGCGUGUAUGAAAGCGAAAACUGUCGUAUAAAACCGUAAAUAAAGUUCUUCGUUUGAAAUGUC